UCGUGGAGGUCUACCUUUCCUACACUUUCAUCCACUGGCCCAGGGCCUGAAGGGAGGAGGGACUGAAUGGACGUCCCCUACCCUCUUCCCUCUUUCUGUUGGGCAGGGAAAAAUAAAGGACAGUCCAUCCUCCGAAAGGCCUUACACUCUGCCGGGGUACAUGCCAUGCAGAGAAGGGUGUACUGGAUUGAUGCGAAGCAUGAAGAGAAUAGGCCAUACGUGGGAUUCCAAGGAGUGGAUGUCAGAAGACACAGGGGAUGAGAGCCUGGGCAAAGGCAUGAUGCCAGAGUAGAGAAGGUCAUCCCUGGCUCCCCUGGGCCCACCCUGACCAGUGACCCCAGACCAUGCUCCCCUUCUGCGCCACCUGGACUCUCCUUGAAAGCAGGCACCAUCUGCCUUGUUUUUAUUCUUCUCCCCAGCAUGGAGCAUGGUGCCUGGCACGUAGCAGGAAUGCUCCAGAAUGGGAAGAAAUUUGAUUCCUCCAGAGACAGAAACAAGCCUUUCAGGUUUAAGAUUGGCAGACAAGAAGUGAUCAAGGGCUUUGAAGAAGGCACCGCCCAGAUGAGCCUGGGUCAGAGGGCGAAGCUGACCUGCACCCCUGACGUGGCAUACGGAGCCACGGGGCACCCGGGAGUCAUCCCUGCCAAUGCUACCCUCAUCUUUGACGUGGAGCUGCUCAGGUUAGAGUGAGCGCUCAGGUGCGCCGGCUGAGGCAAGCCACCACCGCCGCCACUGCUCAUGCACUAUAUCUCCCUUCUUUCCCGGGAGGGUCCACAGUCCCCAGUGCUUCCCAUUCCAAGCUCUCAUACCAGUGAUGUCUGCCUUCAUUAGUUGUGUGUGUGUGCGCGCGCGCGCGUCCAGUUCUGCGUUGACAAGCUUCUUGGCUUUGAGGAAACGCCUGCCAGGAACAUUCUCAAACUGGACAUUUUCUUUAACUUGCAUGUGAUAGCAUUUGAGAUCACCCCCACCCUGCCCCGCCCCCACACAUGUGUGUACGUGUGCUUUUUAUUUAUGAAGCAAAAAGUCUGCACUGCCUUACUUGUCCACUGACCCCAGGAGCCGCUAGUCUUCAGAUAUGUGCACAAGCCAGGCACGCAAGCCCACCUACCUGCCCGAGAUCCUGCCUGGUCCUUGCUGCUAAUCUGAACAGUCCCUUUGGAAUUAAGACAUAUGCAAAAUAAAGGCUCAGUAGAAGCCCAGUCCUCAGCAUCUCAGCCUCAGCCUCCCUUGGCUCCCUGGGGCAGUAGUAAGAGGGAAGGGGGGAGGUAGGGCCCCAGAAUCCACACUGACAGCCGAAGGUCACAAGGAGAGGAUGGGGGACAAAUCUGCCCCAAGCUACCUGUCUCACCCUUUCCAAGGCUAACUAAUAUUUCCGAAAUGACACAGAAAAAGCAGCCCCGAAGUAAGGUUCCACUGGCCCCUCUCCAGUAGCCUGGAUUCUCCUUUGCAUAUUGAAGGCCUUCACAGGCUCCUGAAGACCCCAGAGCAAAAGAGGCUGAUGGCUAGUGCCUCAAUACACCCACACCAGAGGAUGAAGCCCCUUCCUGGCCUGAUCGAGCUUACGUGAGGCACAGGACCCAGUGUUUCAACAAU